CGCAUACUUGCCAUUCGAGAGCAUGUCACCGAGGAAGAAGACGGCAUGUGGAUUCAGGCGACGAGUGACGUGCCAGCUCCUCUUCAGAUUCGACUCAUACAGCAGAUGCUCAAGAAAGCCCGUCCAGGGACGGUCGUCCCAAGCGGAAGGAUGACGCACUUGAGGAUCCGAGAGGAGAAGAACAAAGACAAUCACGAGGUCGGGCCAUCGGCAAGAAGAGAGGGACCAGAAGUAGACACCCUUGAGCCGUUCAUGAGACCGUGUCCAUUUGUGCAAGACACCAGACACUCACUACUUCUCCCCAAAUCAGCACCACUACCCACAUGAACCGAAUACCAUGGAAUACGAGUCGGCGGGAAAGCACGCGUGUGGACCGAGUGGUGGAUUCCGGAAAUGCUUGAGGAGGAGGGGGUGCAAAGAGUUGUUUAGCGAGAACGCUGCCAGCGCGACGAAUGAAUGAGUGCAGAAAGGCGGAAAUUGAGGGACUAGGGAAUCAUUGGGUCAGGGACACCAAUGCCAGACGGACGUGUCAGUCGGGAAAAGCCGAACUGUUCCAUUCACCACCUGAUGUCUGCGAAAGGCAAUCAUUAGAUCCGUGCUGUCGCUCAUUCGGGU